AUGACCUUUCCAACCAUAUUUCUACUCACAAUUCUAUUAUUCCUCAUUCCAACCUCUUAUUGUGGAACCCUAACUCAAAUUGCGAAGAUUGGAGAGCGUGUUGAAGUUCUGACAUUCGAAACUGGACCAUUGACCAAAGACGAUAAGUAUACUUUUAAUUUCAGCGGACCUAAUCGAGGAUUUUUCACCGAUGAUAAGGUAAAUCACAUUUUUGUGAAAUUGUGUAAAUAAAUUCGUUUCAGACCAAAAAACGAUUAUUGGGAAGCAAUUUGCAAAUCAAGGAAAAUGGUUUGAUAAUUACAAAAGUGACCAAAAAUGACGCUGGUUGGUAUCAACGUGGUGCAACUGCUUUUACUUUGAUCGUUGAAUGA